AUGCUGGAUGACCUCGACCUGGAUGCCGUCAACUUAGGACGCGACGAGGCCAGGGAUUGCACAGCCCAUGUGUCGUUAACGCAAAGGGCGAGCAAGCUAGCGGGCGAUCCCGACGGGGUGCACCAGCCAAUAGGGCAAGCGUGGUCGGUAACGCGCUCGACGUCACUUGAACCAAAGCAGCAAGGCCAUGACUUGGAGACGGGAGACACCCUUACUCACGUCAUCAGAUUGCACAGGGUGGGAAAUCGUUCAGGCUUCGGGGAGAGAGGGGCAAUGGCUCGGGGCACGUCGCAGCAAGUGGAUCAGCACGAGCAGCAGCAAUGCUUUGAAGACGAGAGAGCAGGGGGACUGGCACACUCAGAGGAGGAGGAAGAGGAUGGAGAUGAGGACGGAGAUAACGAACAAGAGUCCGCCGGCCGGGUGGCCGAGCUCAGCAGGCGAAUAGCCAUGCGAUGUCUCCGCAUCGAGCAAGAGUGCUUGAGGAGAGAGCGUUCUCAGACAAGGCUUUUUCAAGAGCAGCUCCGGGGCGUGCGACUGGGUGCCCAACAAGUUGCUCGUCGAACAAUCCACGACGAAAGGAUUCGACAAAAGCAGCUGCUUCUCGAGACUCAGCAGAGGUUCGAGGAAAAGGAGAAGGGACUUGUUGCGAAGCUCGAACUGGCGGAGGAGAGUUGGAAAGCGGAGAGGGAAUCACUUAGUGCCGACACCGCGGCCGCCAAGUGCGAAGUGGAAAAAUGCCGCAGGCAGGCCCGGGCCGCCGCCGAGGCUGCGAGAAACACCACAAAGGAAGCUCUCGAAAAGCAGAGACUUGAUUUCCAGCGGGGUUGGGCCGAGGAAAAGGGAGGGCUUCGAAGAGCCGCCGAAGACGCGCUUCGUCGUGCCAUGGAAGGAAAUGUUCGGGAGAGGGAAGAAGCUGCCACAAAGGCCCAAACGGCCCAGGACUCGCUCGACGCCCAGUUGCGGUCAUGGAAAGCCAAGGCUGAAACGGCCGAGAGGCGUGCCACCGAAGAACGGGAGAAGAGAAGAGGCCUUGAGGCAGGUGUGAAAGGGGUUCUUGCCCAGGAGGUGGAGAAGGCCCAGAAGACCCAAGACGACAUGCUUCGAGACCUAAGGACCAAGGCGGAGACAGACCGGGCCACGCACGCGGAGGAGAUAGAGCGUCUCCAGGAGGAACACAGGGCCGGCCUUCUGCGUGUUCAUCAGGACAAGAAAAGCCUCUUCGAAGCUGCCCGGCGACAAUGGGAAAAGGAGAUGCAAGAGCUGCGUCGGGAGGCCGUGGCCAAAGCAGAAGACGCAGCAACCCGGGCAACGGCGGAGCGCUCGGAGGCGCUGAGACGAUUAAGAUUAGCACAUGACACCGAGAUGAGAAAGGCAGGCAGGGAUAUAUUGAGACUGGAGCGAGAAGCCCGCCGCUCUCAGCAGCAGCAGGAACCCUCCGGUAUGGCGCCGCGUUCGAAGGAGGACAACUCGACCCUAUCGCCGUUGCCUCGAGGAAGCUACAGCCCCCGGCCUCUCCUGUCUGAGGUAUCUAUUCGUACCGCCUCUUGCCGACGAUUGUCCCAGCUUGGCCUCCUUUACUCUGCAUCGUGUCGGGAUCGUGGAAAAGCCCCAAAGCCAAGGACGAGUUGGUAUUUCUUCCACCAAACCAUUGUCUAUAUACACACACAUACGGGGGUCUGA